AUGGACAGGAGGAGUAACAGCGUGGACGAGCAGGCACAACGGAUCUCCCCAUGGUACAUCUCGUCAGUCCAAAGCAAUGCCUACCCGACACCAGGCCAGUAUAGCAACGACCAGGGUCGGAACCAGAAGUCACUUCAAAAUGCAAGUCAGUGGCCUGCCGCGGGCGUUGCUUACGGACCAUCCAUUAGUGGUAUUCACCCACCCAGUGCAAUUGGGCCUCAAUUCACGCGCCCUGCAUUGCAAGCCGCCGAGGUGCAGCAGAGAGAGAAGGCAUACGGCCAACAGUGCCCUGCUCAUGGACACAGCCUCGUCGCCAGUGGGGCUGCCAGCGCGUUCGGGUCACAGUACAGCGUCGUUCUCGUUUCGGCGACAACACUCCCGCAUGAACGAAGGCAGCUGGACCGACUCGACCUCCAGCUCCACGACGAGCAGCGGCCACUGCUGCGUCUGCAACGCCGCCAGCAACUCCGACUUGAUUCCUCGCCGCAAGAGACGCCGCCGUGCAAAGUCGGCCCUGAGUGUCGCGAAGUGUUCUACACGUUCUGCGAGCGGUCGCAGCGCGAAUUUUACUACCAACCCGAAAGCAACAAGUGUUACCAGACGAAUGCGGUGAACCUUUGCACCCGAGGCAGCAACCGGUUCGCAACACUGGACCACUGCGUUCACAGCUGCGUCUCUACCAGGCACCCGGCUGACGAGUGCUUCGGCAAGCCGACGUUCACGCGCUGCACAAGGCCAGAUGUCCUCUCUGACUGGUGGCACUACGACAACAGCAAAUGCGUGCCCUGGUCCUUUCCUUCAGGCGGAUGUCCGGCUAACGGAAGUAUGGUCUUCCCUACGGCCAGGGAGUGCGAGAAGCGCUGCCGAAAACCGCAUGGCGGAGCCCGGUGUCAGCGGCCCGAGGUGGUGGCCUGCGGUCGCCGCCACCUCAAGUACCCGUAUUUCGCUCACGUGUCGCCGGCAGACGGCCGCUUGCGGUGUUUCCGCUCUUCGUUCACCACGCUGCGGCGCCACUUGUGCCUCGUGGGCGCGAACCGGUUCCCUACCCUCGGUACCUGCGUCGCCUCCUGCCGGCAGAAGCCGCCAACUUCAGCGUAGUCGACGAGGUCGCCGCCUUAUUUUCCUCUUUGUCGGCGAACAAUGCACCACCUUCGUGCUCAUGAAUCGUGUCGUUCUUAAUUUUUACACAGGUUCGCAACUACAAUUCUCCGCAUGGCUUAUACGCUCUUCAGUGGCAGAGUCUUGGUGCUAAAUUUCA